ACGAGACCUCUACUGGUGGCCAGGGAUGGACAGGGCGGUGGAAGAACAGUCAUCCGGCCUGGUGGAGAGAGCAAACAAGUCCAUCAAGGCUGCACUUCAGACGGCUGACCUGCAGAAGGCUGACAGAGCUGAAUGUCUGCAGGCGUUUCUGUUCGCGUACCGGAGCACGGUGCAGGCGACGACCGGACGCACACCUGCAGAGCUGCUUCACGGCAGGCCGAUGAGAGGCAAGCUCAGCGCGGCGGUGGACGUCGGUGGACGGCUUCCCGAGAGACCCGGAGAGCUGCACAGUCGGGUGGAGAAGAAGCAGGCGUAUCAGAAGAGGUACUUCGACAAAACGCAUCGAGUGAAGAAGCCGGACUUCGAGAUCGGAGACCGGGUACGGCAUCGUCUUCCGCCUCAGUCGCGCAAGGGCAGGCCCCGGUUCUCGCGCGGGAAGAAGGUGCUCGAGCGACGGGGACCAGCGAGUUACGUGCUCGACGACGGAACGAGGGUGCACGCGGACCGGUUGACCAGCGGCGGCGGAGCGGUCACCGACAGUCGUGACGAGCAGCCGCAGCAGCGGAUCGACAGCCAGCCGGAGCAGCAGGCAGCUGGCGAGACGGCGGCCGAUGGCAGGCAGACUGAGCGCGGCCAUGCUGAGACGAACAGCGAGCUGCCGCAGCCCGAGCAGCCGGCCGCACCUCACGCCGAUCAGCCGCUGUCGCCAACGCUGAGAACCCGGUACGGACGCGAGGUGCGACGUCCGGUUCGUUACGGAUUUGAUGAGUGAGACGUGUAGAGGACUAUCGUUCAGUGAGACGUGUUGAGGACUAUCGUUAGUGAGACGUACAGAGGACUAUCGUUUCUGUCCUGUUAAGGGGAGGAGAAUGUGGUGUC